AUGUCCCUGUCCCACCAGAUGUCUCCUCAGAUCACGGGGCAUUUUCCCCCGAAAGUAUACUGCGCAGGCACACUGCCAAUACCGAUGGGCGCCAUCCCACGCCAGAGCUGUCCACCGAUGUGGGACGUAGAAAAAGUACGAGUGACAUCAAUCGUCAGAAAAUGCCCUUCUUUCCGACUCUGCGACACGCUGCGACGGUAAUGCUAUCCCCGGAGAAACCCAUAGGCACAGCUCCCAGUACAUGGAGCAGCCUUCGCUCCAUCAUCCUUUCAUCGUGGUUCAACGUCUUGCUGGUCUUUAUCCCCAUAUCUUGGGCAAUUAACUUUGCUCUCCCUGAUCAGUAUACUCUGAUUUUUAUUUUGACGUUUCUCGCCAUCAUACCAUUGGCCAAGCUCCUGGCAUAUGCUACCGACGAACUCUCGAUAAGGGUCGGUCAAACUUUAGCAGGCCUUCUAAAUGCCACGUUGGGAAACGCCGUCGAACUGAUCGUCUCUAUCAUCGCCCUUGUGAAAUGUGAACUCACAAUCGUCCAGUCAUCUUUGGUGGGAUCUAUUUUGAGUAAUCUUCUCCUGGUGCUGGGCAUGUGUUUCUUCGCUGGCGGCAUGCGUUUUUCGGAACAAGGUUUUGGACAAAGUGCGGUGCAAUUGAAUUCAUCACUGCUUACCAUUAGCGUCAUUGCUGUUUUGCUGCCUGGCGCUUUCCAUAUGGCAUUACAGGGUCAGGCCUCAUACAGUGAACUGUCGACAGAUUACGACAUCCUGAAGACCAGCCAUGGUGUCGCCAUCAUUCUCCUCUUUAUUUACGGCUCCUAUUUGGUUUUCCAGCUGUUCUCACACAAAGCACUGUACGACGACAACAAUCCGGAUAUACAACAGUCCAGGGGCUACGAAGGACAGAAUCCGUGGCUGCGGUUGAGACCUCGCCGUAGGAAUGGUAGACCUGUACAAUCCUCUGAUCCAACGGGUGAUGGACAGGCCUCUGGACCUGCUGAUGGUACCGACUCAGAACUUGGGCCUCUGCCCACAGACGCAGAGUCUGAGAUAGAACCAUAUAUGAGCGUUGGCGUGUGCCUCGGGCUUCUGGUUGUCGUAACUGUGUUGGUAGCUGUUACUGCCGAGUUCCUCGUAGACUCGAUCAAUGGUUUGACUGCAUCUGGGGCCAUCAACAAGGAGUUUGUUGGCGUGAUCUUGCUUCCCAUAGUCGGUAAUGCGGCGGAACACGUUACUGCAGUUACUGUGUCCGUCAAAGAUAAGCUAACCCUGAGCUUGGGUGUUGCUGUUGGAUCAAGUAUUCAAAUUGCACUGUUUGUUAUCCCGUUCAUCGUGACGCUCGCUUGGAUUAUGGGCAAAAAACUGACGCUCCUCUUCGACCCAUUGGAGUCGGUCGUGCUGUUCCUCUCUGUCAUCACCGUGAACUACGUCGUACAGGACGGCAAGUCAAAUUGGUUAGAAGGCAUGGUUCUCAUGUGCUUGUACUUGAUCUUGGCUGUCACGUUCUGGUAUUACCCUGGCACCGAUGGCAUCUUCACAUGUUAGAAAGGCCAAGCUAAUACCCCUGUUAUGAAUUAUGACCAUGCACGCUCCCCUUCUGGAAACCAACCAUAGACUAGUAACCAGCGCAACCAUCCCGCCCCUUCCAGUAGUUUCUUCCCGACCUAUACCACCAGUUAUAACAAACAGUCAAAUAAAACACAGCAGCGUUAAUGGGAUGCCCGCACGAUCUUGACAUGUAUCCUCUCACAAUGACAUGGACAUCGUUGUAUUGUUUUUGUAUUAUGUUCACUCCACUGCGCCGGAUGUAUGUAUCACCGUGUUUCACAUUAUGUGUGCCCUGCUGUCGAGACUCAGUCGAGUCUUCACAGGGGGGUCGAUGUGACGUAUCGCCGUGAUACUAUGUCUACUUUGCCGUUUCACGUAUAUUGAUUAUGGAUUCUGU